UAUGACAAUUUAUUUUAGAACUGACUACAGUGUUACCAGAAGUGGGUUUUCAGCAUACUAUUACACUGUACCAGACAACGGUGAUGGAUCAUGUGGAGGCUAUCUUGAAGCUGCAUACGGGUCUUUUACGAGUCCCAAUUACCCAUACUUUUACGAAGAUAAUGAACAAUGCACUUGGUAUAUAAGAGGGGAUAGCGACCAAAGAAUAAAGCUGAAAUUCACACAUGUUGACCUGGAAGUUUCAUCAACUUGCUCAUACGAUUAUAUUGCAAUAUAUGAUGGACCAUCAACAAAUUCCGUUUUGCUUUCAAAAUUCUGCAGUGGGUCAGAUGAGACAUUUACAUCCACAUCCAACAGUAUGACAGUUUAUUUUAGAACUGAUUCCAGUGUUACUAGACGUGGGUUUUCAGCAAGCUACUACGUUCUACCAAAUGAUGGUGAUUUGUUAACUUGUUCAUCAGAUUAUAUGGAAGCAAAAAUUAGUAGGUCUUACCUCAACCUCCUGGGUUUCAAUGAAUUUAAUCUUUUUCUGAAUGAUCAAAACUGCAGACCGAUAAUAACAGCCAGUGAUGUGAUCUUCAAAAUACCACUUGAUAGAUGUGGUACAAGAUGGCAGGAAAACAAUGGCAGUAUCACAUAUUUCAACACCAUCCAAUCUUCACCAUCUGACUCAAUUAUAACUCGUGAAACAAACCUUCAGUUCAAUAUUGGAUGUGAAAUGCAACAAGAUACAAUGUCUAAAAUAAUGUAUGUGACUAAUGAAAAUACAACUGGUGACAUCAUGGAUAAUAUCACAGAAUAUGGCAUGUUUAACAUCAGCAUGAGAUUCUAUGAGUCUUCGUCAUUUAUGAGGCCAGUGCUAGAAUCACCUUAUUAUGUGGACCUCAGGCAGAACCUGUAUGUCCAGGUCGACCUCCACAGUUCAGACCAGGACCUUGUUGUAUUUCUGGACACCUGCACUGCAUCACCAUAUAACUUUGACUGGACUUCAAAGGCCUAUGAUCUCAUAAAAAAUGGGUGUGUUAAGGAUGGGACUUACGGGAAUUAUCCCUCACCAACUAAUAACGUUGCGCGAUUCAAGUUCAGUGCCUUUAAAUUCCUCAACCUUCAUCCUUCAGUUUACCUGCAGUGUAAAAUUGUGGUCUGUAAAGCUUAUGAUUAUUCCUCUCGGUGUUACCGUGGAUGCAUGCCUCGACAAAAAAGGGCCCUAAGUUCCUCAAAGGGGAGCGCUGAUGUUCUAAUAGGACCUAUUGAACUGAAAAAAGAUCUAAAACAUUAUAAAGCGGAAGGAUUUGAAGAAGUAAAUGAAGCUGUGGAGACAAGUACUGAAUCGAGUUUGCCAUUUGUUCUGUCUUUGAUAGCUCUGGUUGUAGCUGUUUCAGUUUUGGUUGUCACGGUUCUAAAAUACAAGAAGCAACAAAGGCACUAUGGUUGUGAAUAGCUUGGAGACGAUGUUCUAAGCAUAGCUUCUCACCAAAUGGAAAAGCACAUGCAAUUCAGCUCUAAAAGGAUCCUAUCAAUCAAUAAUCACAAUGAACGAGUUAAAUGUUGCUUGCCAUUCCACCUUGAACUUAUUGCAUGGAUGAAAUUCAAGAGCUCAUUAA